AACCUCCCACCUCCGCCCUCACAGAUGCAGACUGUUGAGUGUUACACAUCAGCCGGGUUCAUUUUAGCUCAACUUCUGUGUCUCAUGCAGACUUAAAUCAGAGCUCGUGGUGGACUUCCAGCUACACGAGGUUUGGUGUUCUGAAAAUGUCUUUUUUGCCAUGUUAAUAUCUCAACCAUUAACUGAGGAGGGAAGAGACCGGCUGUGCUGGACAAACACAGACUGAGAGUUCAUCUCUGAACUCCUGAUUCGGACAUGGGGAAAGUCUACUAUGUCAGUAAAAACGUGGGCCUCGGAUUGCUUGUGCUGGCGGCCUGUGCUCUGGCUACAAUUAUAGCUCUGUCCAUUGCCUAUGACAAGGAAAGGGCCAAGAAUCGAGGCAAGCCUGGAGAUGGAGCAACAGAGAGCACCAGCUUGCCAACACCCUUCACCACUCCCUUUACUCCUAAGGAGCCCUGGGACUACUACAGACUUCCAGACUCUCUUGUUCCUGUCUCCUAUAAUGUCACCCUGUGGCCCCGGCUGAAGCCCAACGCAGACGGCCUCUACAUCUUCACUGGACAGUCAACUGUGAUCUUCAGAUGUGUGAAAGAAACAGACCUCAUCAUCAUCCACUCCAACAAGCUGAACCUCACCACCUUCCAGGGACACCAUGCUAAGCUGAGUGGCCUGGGUGAAGCCACUGCGCCCACAAUACAAAGGUCUUGGCUUGUUGUGCGGACGGAGUAUCUGGUUCUUCAGCUACGCAGCAGACUGACUGUUGGAACAUCAUAUGUACUUAACACUAAAUUUCGGGGGGAGCUGGCAGAUGAUCUGGAGGGCUUCUACAGGAGUGAAUACACUGAGGAUGGUGUAAAGAAAGUCGUCGCUACCUCGCAGAUGCAAGCAACAUAUGCCAGGAAAUCCUUUCCUUGCUUUGACGAGCCAGCAAUGAAAGCCGUCUUCAACGUCACCAUCAUCCACGACCGAGACACUGUGGCUCUGUCCAACGGCAGGGAAACCGGCAUUGAGGUUUCUGUCAUUGACAACGUGCCUGUCAGAGUGACUACAUUUGAGCCCACAGAGAGAAUGUCCACAUAUCUGCUGGCAUUUAUUGUCAGUGACUUUGUUGACAUUCAAUCAACCCUUAACAACAAUUUGUUGAUUCGAAUCUGGGCUCGAAGAAAAGCCAUAGACAACAAGCAGGGUGACUAUGCUCUCAACGUUACAGGGCCAAUCCUUCAGUUCUAUGAGCAUUACUACAAUGCCACAUAUCCGCUCUCCAAGUCAGAUCAGAUAGCUCUGCCUGACUUCCAUGCCGGAGCAAUGGAGAACUGGGGUCUGGUCACAUACAGAGAGACUGCCCUGCUCUAUGACCCCAUCAUGUCUUCCACUGGAAACAAAGAGAGAAUUACAACUAUCAUCUCCCAUGAAUUGGCACACAUGUGGUUUGGCAACCUGGUGACUCUGAAAUGGUGGAAUGACCUGUGGUUGAACGAGGGCUUUGCAUCAUAUGUUGAGUACCUUGGAGCUGACCAUGCUGAGCCCACCUGGAGCAUGAAAGACGAGAUCGUACUGUCUGAUGUGCACAAAGUGUUUGCUGUGGAUGCCCUGGCCACCUCUCACCCACUGUCCCGUCGAGAAGAGGAGGUCAACACUCCUGCUCAGAUCAGUGAGAUGUUCAACACCAUCUCCUACAGCAAGGGAGCCGCAGUGCUCAGGAUGCUGUCAGAGUUUCUCACUGAGCCUGUGUUUGCCAAAGGACUCAGUUCUUACCUGAAUACUUUCGCCUUUGGCAACACAGUGUAUACAGACUUGUGGGACCAUCUCCAGCAGGCAGUUGAAAACACACCAGGUAUUCAUAUUCCUCAUACCGUCCACAACAUCAUGAAACGCUGGACUCUUCAGAUGGGCUUCCCAGUGGUCACUAUUGACACCCGCACAGGAAGUAUCACCCAGAAACACUUUCUGUUGGAUCCAGAAUCUGUAGUGGACAGGCCCUCUGAGUUCAAUUACACAUGGUUUGUCCCAAUUAAAUGGAUGAAGACAGGUGUGGAGCAGGAACAGUACUGGCUCCUUCAAAGGACGGACGCUCACAAUCUGAUGAGAGUUUCAGGACAGGACUGGGUGUUGGCCAACAUCGAUGUAUCUGGGUACUUUAGGGUGAACUAUGAUCUUGGCAACUGGGAUCGUCUCCUUUCCCUGCUCAACACCAACCAUCAGGCCUUAUCAAUUAUCAACAGAGCACAGAUCAUAGAUGAUGCAUUCAACCUAGCAAGAGCCAAAAUAAUCAAUACUACAUUGGCCCUGAGAACAACCAAAUACCUGUCCAAGGAAAGAGAGUACAUCCCCUGGGAGUCAGCUCUGAGAAACCUCAACUACUACAUCCUCAUGUUUGACCGCUCUGAGGUUUAUGGAGCUUUACAGUCAUACCUCAAGAAACAAAUCCAACCACUUUUUGAGCACUUCAAGACAAUUACAGCUAACUGGACCAAAGUACCAUCAGGACACACUGACAAGUAUAAUCAGAUCAAUGCCAUUGGAACAGCCUGCAGUGCGGGUGUGGAGGGUUGCAGGGAGCUGAUCAAAAGCUGGUACAGACAGUGGAUGGAAAACCCACAUCGCAACCUAGACUUUUGUGGUAUUCAUUCUACAGUCUCCUGUGUGUUUGCCUUGAUGUUGACCAGGAUCCAUCCCAACUUGAAAAGCACAGUUUAUUGCUAUGCCAUAGCCUAUGGUGGUGUGGAGGAGUGGGACUUUGCCUGGAGAAUGUUGAAGAAUGCCACUUUGGCAUCUGAAGCUUCCAGGCUCAGGACAGCGUUGGCCUGCGCCAAAGCGCCUUGGCUUUUGAACAGGUAUCUGGAGUACACCCUAGAUGUAAGUAAAGUCCGCAGGCAAGACGCCCUCUCUACCAUCCAGUACAUCGCCGGAAAUGUUGUGGGGAUGCCGCUGGCCUGGAACUUCGUCAGAGCAAGAUGGAGCCAGAUUUUCCAGCUGUAUGGGGGUGGAUCAUUUUCCUUCUCUAACCUCAUCAGCGGGAUCACAAAGAGAUUCUCUACAGAGUUUGAGUUGCAGGAGCUGAGGAAAUUCAAAGAAGACAACCUCCACAUUGGUUUUGGCUCCGCCACCUUGGCCCUGGAGCAGGCUAUAGAGAAGACAACAGCCAACAUUAAAUGGGUGACGGAGAACAAAGCCCAUGUGCUGAGGUGGUUUACUGAAGAGUCCACAUGAGAACACUGAGAAAGUCAAAGUCAGACACUCUCUCUUUUUUUUUUUUUUUUGUACUAUCAGGGAUACAUAAUGAAUGACAAUCACUAUAAUCAUCAUGAUCAGCAAAUGGUGUGGUAAAGACAAGUGACACAAACAAUACCUCACUGGUCAUUCAGCACAAAGAAACGACAUAUUAUGAUCAGUGAACCACUUAUAUAACCAUAUAUCAGUGAUGUAGCUGUAAUAAAGAAGUUGAACCUUCACCCCUAGUCUGUGAUUGUCAGAGAGAAAAGCAUUUAUUUUUAAUCUCAGAGAGGCAUUCAUUUUAUGUCUUUUUCUUUUCUCCAUACUUCACAUUACGUAUUGCUGCUUACUAUGAUGUAUGUGAGCCAUGUGCAGAGCACCAGAGCAGCUUCAGAGUUCAUAGGCAUUCAUUUUACAAGUGGCUGAAACCUGUGAGUGUAUUUAGUGACCCUAAUCAUGACGGGAUGUUAACUUAAUGCCAUAUUUAAAAAUGACUGUGUUAUAUGUUAUUAACAGCUAUGAUAAAUUAACAUUGCCUGCAGCUUAUUUGAUAUACGUCAUUCUCAACACUGGUUGAAAUAUUUGGAUAAAUUGGAUAAAUUAAUCUGAUUAGAUUUGUAUUAGUCUUAUUGUCAUUUGUCCUUUUUUAAAAACUUGAUAACAUCAUAAAUCAUUGCACUAUAGGGUGUACUAAUUUUUGCCAGUCCUAUGCAAAGACUCAAUGGUGAAAUAAAUAAGAAAGGCUCAGACAGA